GGUCCGUACGUUCCCGCGUGAGCUUGUCUUGCCCGUCCUGGGCUUGCUUAUCGUCAGGGCGCCUAAAGGUGUCGGGAGCGUCUUUGUAGCUGCGUGGUCAUUGUAAAGUUUGGCGGACAGUGGUUGUUAAAAACAAACAAACUCAGAGGACCUGAAAGGGGUCGCCAUUUUCCUGGCUCUCCUUCGUCCCGAGUUGGCGACUGCCGAGUCCAAGAUGAACAAAGUGUGUGCGAUUUUUGGGGGCUCGCGGGGUAUUGGCAAGGCGGUGGCUCAGUUAAUGGCCCGCAAGGGCUACCGACUGGCUAUCAUCGCCAGAAACCUGGAAGUGGCCAAAGCCACCGCCGGGGAGCUCGGCGGAGAACACUUGGCACUAAGCUGUGAUGUUGCUAAGGAACGUGAUGUUCAACAUGCCUUUGAAGAGAUGGAGAGACACUUAGGUCAAGUAAAUUUCUUGGUGAAUGCUGCUGGAAUUAACAGGGAUGGUCUUUUAGUAAGAACAAAAACUGAAGACCUAGUGUUGCAGCUUCAUACCAACCUCUUGGGCUCCAUGCUGACGUGCAGAGCUGCCAUGAAGGCCAUGAUUCAGAAGCAGGGAGGGUCCAUCGUCAAUGUAGGAAGUAUUAUUGGAUUAAAAGGCAAUUCUGGCCAGUCUGUGUACAGUGCCAGUAAAGGAGGAUUGGUCGGAUUUUCACGUGCUCUUGCCAAGGAGGUAGCGAGAAAGAAAAUUAGAGUGAACGUAGUUGCACCAGGAUUUGUUCACACGGAUAUGACCAAAGACUUGAAGGAAGAACAGUUAAAGAAAAAUAUUCCUCUUGGGAGGUUUGGAGAAACUAUUGAGGUGGCACAUGCGAUUGUGUUUCUUUUGGAAUCACCGUAUAUUACAGGGCAUGUUUUAACAGUGGAUGGGGGCUUACAGCUCACAAUAUAAUUUACAGAUUGUUCAGUUGUGAUUGUAGUUACCACUCUCUGGGCAUUGACCACAUAAUUAUGCCUACGUGAGCAACACUUGCUAAUCAAACCUGUCGGUGUUAAAAUUGUUGAUUGCUAUCUUUAUAUGAACAUAUCUGAAAAGAAAAAUAUAUUCUGUAAAGCAUGUGAAUCAUCUACUUUUGGUUACUUCGCAGUUUAUA